UGGGAGGCCGGCUCCGACUGACAGCUGCCCAAUGGCAACCCCCGUCUCUCCGCGGCCCGCGGCGCGGGGGGCGGGCAUCUCCUCCGCCGCCGCCUGAGGAAUGUCAACUAUUCAACAUGGAGACGGCGCUCGCCAGGCUCGAGACCAUGUUCCAGAAGGCAGAAUCUGAUCUGGAUUAUAUUCAACACAGACUGGAGUUUGAAAUAAUGAAAAGUCUUCCUGAUAAUCUGUCAGCAGAGGAAAACCCGGUUACUCUCUUAGAAGAACUCUCGGUGGUGAAAUCUCGUUAUAAAACAUUAUGUAUGCAGCUGGAAAAAGUUUCCUUAGAGCAGAAGGAAUCCAUGAACGGCAUCCGUGCUGCCCUAGAGAACACAAUGAAGAUGGUUCAGACACUACAGCAGCACGCUGAUCUGCAGCGCUCACCUCUGUCAGAAGAAGAACAGACUGCAGCACAGCAGUUAACCUGUCAAACUGUUAAAGAAAUGGAAUCGCUAGUGGAAGAGCCAUUUGGUUCAGGAUCUGUAGUUCCCAGCUCAGUUGAAGAGUCAAAAUUCAAACCGUUAACUGAGGAAAUGCUUGUGUCCGUACCAAGGAGUAUCAGAAGCUCUGUUAAACUAGCAGAUGUGAACAACUUGUACAGGGAGCUAUUUAACCACUUCAUUGUAAAUAAGAACAGUGCUGCACUGAGUGUUUCGCAGAUGAACAAGAUGAAUAUGAAAGCCACUGACUCAAGAAUACGAAUCUUAAAAGAACUUGCUAUUGUGGAACUUGACAGACAAGGAAAUGUUAAAUUAGUUGCAUAAACAAACGUUCGGUCCGUUCUCAUUUGACACACAAGCAUCUUCGUCAUAGCUCCUGAAUUAUUAAAAAGCAAGUAUUUCUUUGUUGUCCGAGGUACAAAAACACUGUUGGAAAGUUGUUCGUGUAUCCAUAUAGAAAUUCUAUUUCUAGUACUUAAAAAUGGCAGAAUGAAAAAAUGUUGAGGUUGGUAUUUGAUCUCGGGUAUUUAUAGGAUUUAGACGAUGCAUUUUUGAACAGUGUUGUUAACCAUGUGACGUUUCCAUAUUCUUGCUUACAUUCCUGACAUUCCUGUUUUUAAGGCAAAUAACCCAAGCCACUUAAUUGUACUUAUACUCCUGAAUAAAUGAUGAAAGUCAAGGAGA